CCUCUGUUCUCACCAUGAAGUCCAGCAGCCUCUUCCCCCUCGUGCUUCUUGCCCUGGGAACCCUGGCACCUUGGACUGUGGAAGGUGCUAGAAAUGCUUCAAAAGCUGGAGCCUGCCCUCCUCGAAGGCUUGCCCAGUGCUUUAGAUAUGAGAAGGCUGAGUGCCAGAGUGACUGGCAGUGUCAAGGGGAGAAGAAAUGCUGCCAGGAUACCUGUGGAAUCAAAUGCCUGGACCCCAUUGCCAUCUCGAAGCCAGUUGAGAAGAAGCCUGGGAACUGUCCAGUGCCUCCUGGCCAAUGUCUGAUGCUUGACCCCCCCAAUCACUGUGAGACAGAUGGCCAGUGCCAGGGUCACCUCAAGUGCUGCACAGGCAUGUGUGGGAAAGCCUGCAUUUCCCCUGUGAAAGGGGAAGAAUCUGGAGAUGAUUUCGCUGGUUCCUAUAUUGAAGCGCUGAUCUGAUUUUCUCUCACAGCCUGAUUUCCGCAGUUUGGAAAAGGCUCUGGAUCCUCUGUGUGGUCUUGGAAUUCCCUUUCUGCUCCCAGGCUUGGAUCCCUGGGGAACUUCAUGGUGAAGAUGUGGUUCUACCAUCAAUACCUCCUUUGGGGAAAGCUUGGCACACAGCAGGCUUUCAGGAAAUGCCUGUUGAUUGGUGAAUAAAUAAGUGAGCAUA